AUGGGGUGUAACGAUUGUAAUGAAAUUAACGUGUUUGGAUGGGGAAUUGAAAGAGGAAUAUCGUCUUUAUUGUUAAAGAUGGUUGGAAAGAAGGUAACAGUAGUUGGAUGCGGUAAUUGGGGAACCGCAGCAGCUAAGGUUAUUUCUGAAAAUACUCCCAAAUUCAACCUUUUCAAUCCAACGGUAAGGAUGUGGGUAUUGGAGGAGAAGGUCGAUGGCGUGAAUUUGAGUGAGCUGAUUAACACAACUCAUGAGAAUAAAAAGUAUUUGCCUGGAAUUAAACUACCAGAUAACCUUCUCGCUGUUCCAGAUCUCAAUGAAUGUGUUAAAGAUGCUGAUUUGUUUAUUUUCGUCAUCCCACAUCAAUUUGUCAAGAGUACAGCUAUGAAGAUUAAGGAUAGUGGUUUGCUGAAGAAAGAAGCUGUGGCAUUGACGUUGGUUAAGGGAAUUAUGAUAUUGGACAACAAGCCCGUUUUAGUUUCCGAUGUUAUUGAACGCGAACUUGGAAUCCCAUGCUCUGCACUUUCAGGAGCGAACGUUGCAAAUUGUAUUGCUAGAGAAGAGUUUAGUGAGGCAACAGUGGCAUAUACAACAAAGGAGGAAGGGAAAGUGUGGCAACGCUUGUUUGAUAGGCCUUACUUUAAGAUUAGGUGUAUCAAGGACGUAGCUGGAAUCCAAGUCUACGGUGCAAUCAAGAACGUUGUUGCACUCUCUGCCGGAUUCUGCGACGGACUUGGACUGGGCUCUAAUACUAAGGCGGCUGUUAUGCGUAUUGGUCUUGUUGAAAUUCACAAAUUUGCCAAACUCUUUUUCCCAACAGUUUCAGAGGAAGUGGUAUUCGAGAGUGCCGGAGUUGCUGAUCUCAUAACCACCUGUAUUGGUGGAAGAAAUGUGAGAUGCGCAGCUGAAUUCGCAGCCAAACAUGGCUCAAGGUCCUGGAAUGAAAUUGAACAGGAAUUUCUUAACGGCCAAAAAUUACAAGGAGUAUCAACAUGUCAUGAAGUAUAUGAAGUAUUGAAAACACAUAACCUAUUGGAACAAUUCCCUCUCUUUCACGUUACCUAUAAAGUAGCAUUUGAGUCAACACACCCGUCAGAACUUAUCAACUCACUCUCAACGGAGGAGCUGGAGUCUUUUGAAUAA